AUGUCGGAAAUUAAGAUUGCUCUCGUAGGAGGUGGUUGUGUUGGUAAAUCAAGUAUUACCAUCAGACAUAUUGAAAACAUUUUCAAUAAUGAAAAUUUCUAUGAUCCAACUAUUGAGGACUCUUACUUGAAGGAAGAAAACGUAGAUGGUGAAACAUUCUUUGUUGAUAUUCUCGAUACAUCAGGGCAAGAAGAGUUCCAUUCACUGAGAGACGUUUAUAUGAGACAAAGAGAUGGUUUCAUUCUCGUUUACAGUGUAACCGAUAGAAAGUCAAUUGAAGAAGUAACCAAAUUUGUAGAAUUAGUAAGAAGAGCCAAAGACACUGAUAACAUUCCAAUGGUUUUGAUUGGAAAUAAGAGCGAUCUAGAAUCUGAGAGACAAAUCUCAACAACACAGGGAAAGAAUCUGGCUGAAAUGUUGGGUAUCUCACACUUUUUCGAAACUUCAGCCAAAACAGGAUUCAACAUUAAGGAGAGUUUUCAGUCCAUCAUUAGAGAAACUAAUCAAUUUUUAAUGAAGAAAUCACUGGAUAAGAAACCACUGAAAAAUAAGCAAAAGAAACAAAAGAAGUGUACCAUUAUGUAA